CCGACGUCUUCUAGCAUACAGUGCCAGACCAACUAAGCCCCGGAACGAACCAGCGGACCUCACGAAUUUUUCUACGUGCUUGAAAAUAAAUAAUCAAACUAAUUUCACAACCUUUCUAAAGGGUCUAGGGUUAUAACUGGCGGCCUGGACACCCUGGAGACAAUAGGUCGGAAGACCAUGGAAGUCCUGCAGGAUGGAGACCCUGGGUUGGAGAGAAAGAAACGCGCAAUGAUGGGCUUCUUUGACCCUGACAAACCCAUUCUAUCUCAGGUGCUUCGUGAAGCCAAGUCGAAAGCUGAUGAAGAGGACAGAAUAAAGGAAGAAAAACGAGAAGCCAAAGAAGUACACUAUGAAAACCUCUUCGAUGAUUUUGAAGGUCUAGUCCACCUGGAAGCACUGGAGAUGCUGUCGAAGCAGGUCAGCAUGAGGAUAGAGGAACGAGUGCAAUCAGCGUCGCCCAAACACAGGCAGGAUAUUAAGGAAACUCUACAGCAAGUGGCAGAGCUGUGCGAAAUGCCUGAUGAAGAAGACGAGGAAGAAACGAUGGACUCGGACCAGCCUAAGCCUGAAGCGUUCCUGGAACGGCUGCAGAGAGCCACUAAAGAUUUAGGUGUUAAACUACAGUUCCAGCCUUUAGUCAAACAAUACACAGAAAUCCUCGAAUACAUGGAUGACGACUCAAACGAUUUCACCGACAAAACGAUGUACAAAAAGGCGAUAGGCAGUCUAGCGCAAGCGACUGCAUUAUCCGUCGAGAUAUAUCACAAAGCAGCUGAAAUGUUACUGGUCAAACCGAGGCGAUCCACAGCGGACGAGGCCGAUGGACUUACACAGUUAACUGUGGUGCUGACGAAGCAUACGUCUGACGUAGCGACCGUGUUCACGCAAGAAAUGGACAAGCGAGCUACGUACGAAAACGCCAUAGAGUGCAAGAACUAUAUUACCAAUAUAUUCUUAGAGGCUGGCAACAGUGCUACAUAUAUACAGAAUGCGUUCCAAUUGACACAGCCGAUUGUACAGAUAGGUGCGAUUUAGAUUUUUAUUAUGACUAUAAUGACGCACAGGGCAAGAGCACGUCAUGCUUGACACUUAAGAUUUAAAUCCAACUCUAUGCCGCGUACGAUAAGAACGGUCCAAAGUAGAAAGUGUCAAGCUUGACGUGUUCUUGAUUGUACAUGUACAUAUUAUAUGAGUUGCAGUGGCGAGGCGUGAAAAUUGUUAAAAAAAACACCUACCUUAAGAAAAAGUGGCGCCAUGGCAACAUUUAAACACAACUUACUAGCACACAAGAUUUCAACACGUAAAAUUUAGCACAAAAUGUAGUAUGUGAUAAUACGUUGGAAAUUUUAGGCAAGCCGGUGAUAAUCGAGUUAUAUGGAUGCCUCGCCACUGGUGAGUUGUAUAUUUAGCGUAGUACUAGAUGUGGCUGACAAGUUAGUUGUCACCUUCGCUAUCUUGCAGAAUUGUAAAGAACUAAUUUUUACUGCUUUGCCGUUUUUGGUUGAAAGGGCGCAUGUGACAUUUAUUUAAAAAAAUAUUAUGUAUUCUGCCGCGAUCAGUAAAAAAUGGCGAUCUGUCACUAUUUUUACUUUUUCUGAGGUGGAUAGGUAUGAAGUUACAGCAAGAAAAAAGUAGAUGUUUUUCUAAUUUCAAUGCUUUCAACGUUAUUUUAUCGGUUUUGAGUUUUGUCACAAACGCCCCUUCAACGACAUGUCGACGUGAAUAUGUAACAAAUCAUUUGUCUUAAAUACGACAAAACAACUGUUACGACGUUACGACAACUGGAACGUCACCACUCAUUAACAACGAUCAUUGAAAUCCAGAAUCAUUGAUAAAUCACUUUUCGAGUUAAUUGGACUAAGAUGUUAUUAAUGAUUAUUUUCACAACUUCAAACGGAAAAAUAGUUUGUGAUGAGAUAAGUCGAAAAUAUAGAGUCGGUGAACUCUUCCAAUCGAGAAAAAUUUUUAUGAAUUAUUAGUAGUUUUUGAACUCGAUGCUUUGAUAUGUUAUUUUCGGUUAAAAUGUGUAAUUGAUGAAUUUUUAGCCAAUGUGUACUACUAAUAAUAGUAAUUAUAUAGGUAUAUCCGGUUGCGUUCUAUGGAAAUUAAAUAACGCUGUAUAACUUACUUGUCAGCUAAUGUGGUAUUGUGCAAAAAGGUUCCUAUUUGUUAUAUAGCCUUUAUUAUGCUAAUGGAAAAGUUUUUUGGUAUUCCUGUGCCCGGCAAUGGGACUAUACAUAUAUAGACUAACUAUUAUAUUCCAAUCUCUGUAUAAACUUUUUAGCAAAACACCGUGCUCAUUUGUAGGAUCGAGUAUAUAACCAGAAAUAGAUACGUAAUGUCAUUUAACUUUUUGAAAACUAUUCUGCCAAAUCAUUACGGUGACAACUGCGCUCCGAUUGGCCACCUCGAAUUCGAAACAAUUGACGGGUG